GAAUAAAUCAUGUCAGCUGAGAAGAUUCGCCUACCUUAAAGUAAAUUUUCUUGUGGCGCUUGUUUUCACACUAAGAUUUAUCUAGCUUCUUAUCUAAUAAUCCACCCCGCAGAAGCAUGGAGUUCUGAAGAGAUUAGACACUGUCGAGGUUGUCAUUGGGGAUGGCGGCUUCCUUUACUGCAUGGAGCGGCGUGGUUAUGUUAAAGCAGGCGCCUGGACACCAGAGGCUACUGUAGAACACCCAGAAGCUGUUCGACAGCUUCACAGUGAAUUUCUGAGAGCCGGAGCUGAUGUAAUGCAAACAUUUACAUUUUAUGCCAGUAAAGACAAGCUGGAAAAUCGCAGCCAUUCAGCUGGACAGAUCGGGGUUAAAAAAAGGGUGUAACGCUUUAAAAACCUAAUUCAUGCAGUUGUGUGAUUAUUCCAUUGUCAACCGGUUCUAAGCCCGACGAUCCGCCUUCCCCAUAAGAUCAAACCAUUCACGCCAAAAACAAAAUAAAUACAUAGAUAAAUGAACAUGUUAAUAGAUAAGGUAAUAAAAUUUAAGAAGUAAAGAACAGUGGGCUAAGUUUUAAUCUUGGACCUAAAAAUUUAAGAAAAACCUUUAGGAACUUUGAAAGAGCUUGAACCCAAACUAAACACUUCAGACAUGACUAGCACAUAGUGAAAGAACCGAAACAGCCAAACACCUCUUGAUUCUGUACUCUACAUAUCUAUUUGAUUUAUAGUAUGAAGCCAUAAACCAAUCUGGGUGCGUACUGGCAAGGGAUGUGGCCAGCAAAGGAGAUGCUCUGGUGGCGGGGAACAUCUCACAGGUGCCGGAUUAUCUAAGCGGGCCUGGAAAGGAGGUAGUGCAGAAAGAAGACAAACGGAUAUUUUUGUCCAGAAUGACGUCGAUUUCUUGAUAGGGGAGGUAUGUUGAGCAAGCCGAAUGGGCAACAGAAGUGAUAAAGGCCACAGGGAAACCAGUCGUUGUGUGUCUGUCCAUCAGUUUAGCCGGCGAUAUGACUGGUAUUCUGCCUGGGGAAUGCGCUGUUAGAGUAGCACGUGCUGGUAAAAUCCCAGCAUUUGUUUAGCUGUCAUGAAAGAAAUGAAGACUGCUUUGGAAAAAGAAGGUCUUCAACGCCAUCUGAUAGUGCAACCUGUUUGUUAUCACACCCCUGAGCUGACAUAUGACCGCAUAGGAUUGUCUGGUCUGCCUGAGUUCCCAUUUGCUCUUGAAUCUCGCCUAAUGAGCCGCUGGGACGUGCAGAAGUACGCUCGUGAGGCGUAUGACAUGGGAAUCAGGUACAUUGGAGCCUGCCGUGGAUAUGAGCCUUAUCGUGUUCGAGUCAUAGCGGAAGAGCUCGCUAAAGGGAGGGGUAAAUUACCUCCAGCUAGCGAGAAGCAUGGCCUGUGGGGAGACGCCCUACGGCAGCACACUCAUCCGUGGGUUAGAGUUAGGUCAUUAUAGGCUCUUCUCAUCAUUGUCAUAGCCCCUUGUCGACCAAUUAACAUGAGCUUAUCGAUGGAACCAUUACCCGGUGCCAUCAAAAAUGGAUAUCCAAGCGCGUUCGUUCCAAGCAACCCCCUACAAUGGUGCUUUAAUAGCUGGUGAAGAGGGUGCAAUUUUGACAGGCGCCGAUGCACGCAGACACAAAUGGGCUCCAUAUACAAAUGAAUCUUGAACAGAUGUUCUACGAUUUGAGUUUGAGCGUAGUCUGCAACUUGGAGCACAUGUUUUGCCAUCUGCCAUAACUGGCUAUCUUCUGGGGUAUAAACUGGAGAGUCUAAAGGGAAUACAAUUAAGAAGUGAUAGGCAAUUUUUGCAUGCCUGAUCUCAGCAAUGUAACAGAACACAGCUUGCUGAGGGUUUUCCCUAUUUCCGCGUUCAGUGGUGUCAUAAGAAAUCUUGUCAUGUGUUGAAUUAACGACCAUCAUUAUUUGGAACAAAGAAUAGUAAAUUAUGGUCUUUAUGGUUGGAACAAAGAAUAAGACAAGAAUUUUUUUUUUGCAUAUACUUUAGUAAAGUGUGAA